UUACUGAAAACAUUCCGCAGUAAGGGAUGCUCAAUGGAUAAUUUGUCAGCAGUGUUGUUCUGUGCAUCUCAGAAUCGUGACAACCGUUUGUGCUGCCGUCAGUUUGGUUUAGCAUCGCCUGAGCUCGGAGCUGGUCGACGAUGUCUGCGAAUGUGUGAUCCGUAUCGCUUCAAUAUCCGGAUAUUAUAUGGGAUUGAUCUUGUAUGUCUGGGGAACUGGGAUAUUAUCAUGUACUGUCAUCAUGGCGGACUACGGUACUGA